GAUGUGACAACGGAUUUGCACCAAACGGUCGAAGCUUUUGGUCUCCCAGCAUGCAACAGGCACGUCCAUAUAUCCCUGCCUCAGACAAAUCAGUUUUUUGUUUGGUGCAGCAGGAGCUGGACCAUGGUCAAGAGGAACACUGACACAGCCGCACCGUUUUGGGAGGAGACUACUAAACAGGCGCCAACGCGGCUUCCACCUAGGAUGUUCCAGCGCUAGGCCCUAGGCAUCAUAGGCUCCAGGGGGGUAGUACGAAGCCACGAUCCCUAGGGUUCAUUUCAGCAGUGGGCAGCCUCCAUUACCACCAUACAAGAGAGGAUUUUGGCAGGAUGUUGCAAUGGCUGUAGGGAGCAGAUCUGCACCGCAUUGCCAGGAGAAAUAUAUGGAGAGACAGCAGACAAAGGGAUCAAAAGCACAAGCCAAGAAGAAAGUGAAUUCUGCCAAGAAGAAAGCGGAUGCUGCCAAAAUGAAGCUAGAAACAAACAGUAAAGAAAAGGAGACUGUAGAAAUCACAGCAAAUGUGGGGACUCUAAAAAGAAAGCGGCAAAUGCGGGAAUUUUUGGAUCAAAUGGAGAAGGAUGACCAUGACGAUCUGUUCAGCGAUACGAUGUUCCAGAGUAUGAAAGUGAAGCUGCCAACUAUGAGUGCCAGCAGUCAAGAAUUUGACUUCCAACUGCCUGAGCAAAGCCCAACAACGCCUACAUCUCCUCCUGUCUUCCCGAUUGCUCGGACUCCUGAGUGUGAAUAUCUUUCCCCCGGAAUGUUGGAACCCAUUAACAUGGAUGAGAAUGAUAAGUAUGUGUACAGACUUCAGAAGAGCCACAAGUGGGACAAGAUCAUGUGCUGGGACAAGCUGAAGAAGCGAUCGAGGGACUUUUAUCAUCAAAAAUCCACCCUUCGAAUGCAAUUUCCAAACAAAGACAUUGCAAAGCCGACAUUUAUUAGGAAGCUCUUCGAAAAAGUUGCCCCAGAGAUGUCUGAUAACGAGGAGGAAAAGGAUUAUUAUUUCUCAGAUGUCUCUGAGGAAAAAUGAUUUGUGUAUAAAACCUGUAAAUAUAUAUUCUAUUUUUGUACGGAUGCCUACCUGAUUAUAGGGGAGACUAACAGUAAAUGGCCUUUUACUCAGGCCGUGGCAUUUGAUUUAACCUGUGUCUCACUGUGCAGACCUAGCUCUAAAAAUAAAUUAUACAUAAUUCCUAAAAAAAAAAAAAAGAAAAAAAAAAAAAAAAGAAAUAGAAAUAUUGUAAAGUGAGUGUGUAGAAAAUAAAGCAUAUCCUCAAAAAGA